AGGAAAGGCUGGUUUUGUUCUCCCUCUGUUUUCACACAGGCGAGAGGCAGGCAGAGCCGGCUGACUCUAUUUGAACUUUUUCAGGAAUGAAAAACGGCCAUAAUUUUGCACUCUUGUUUUAAAAAGCGAGGCUGUUUUAUUUCCAAGGCGGACCUUUGUGGCAACGCUGAAAAGCACUAUAAUUCUCCCAACUGUUGUGUUUCCUUAUUGCUCCCUCAAGCUGUCUGUGCUGCACUCACAUCCUGCUCGCACGCGGAAGCUGCUGGGAACAUGGCUGGUGAUCUCAUUUUCCUUGCGGCCGUCUCUCUGCUUUCCGCCUUCCAGCAAAGUUAUUUUGCUUGGCUGGUGGGGAAAUCAAGAAUGAAGCACAAGAUCAUGCCUCCAGCUGUCACUGGAGCUCCAGAAUUUGAGAGGACAUUUCGUGCACAACAAAACUGUGUGGAGUUUUACCCAAUAUUCCUUACUGUCCUCUGGACUGCAGGAUGGUUUUUUAAUCAAGGAUUAGCUUCCUUCCUGGGUGUGCUGUACAUGUUUGCCCGCUACAAGUACUUCCACGGUUAUGUACAGUCUGUGAAAGGAAGGUUAAUAGGUUUUUAUUUGAAUUUGCUGAUUCUGAUUUGCUUGACAACCCUGGGUGCAGCUGGCAUUGUUAACAGCUUUCUGGAUGAGUACCUGGACUUCAGCAUUACGAAGAGAUUACGCAAAUUAUUCUGAAGGCUGUUUUGUUUGGGGUUUUUUUAAUAAAAUAAAAUAACAUGGAUGCUUUCCCUGAACAACAGAAGAUGCUUGUGAAUAAAGCAACAGAGCUCUUUACUAACAGCCCAUUGCAAAGUAAAAUGCAUGCUCCUCCUGAGCUGUUUACACUUUCUCAUUUCCCUGCUUGAAAAAGAGUCGGUAAGACAGAAUGUCAUGUCACCUGAGUUUGCAAUUAAAUAUUCUCUUUUCAGUACAGUAUUGUAAAUCCUAAACAAAUUACAUAAAACUAAACCCAUUAAUUCACUGAUGUAGUUGCAACUUGCACUGCAAGUAACAGCCCAUCUCACCCAAUGUCCUUCAGCUUUGCCAAUGCCUCUGUAGUCUUCCUUCACUCCCCUUCAUUUCCCCCAGCAACAUUGUUCAUUCUGCACCAAUGUAAAAAAAAGCUUCUAUGCAAUACGCUGUUGCGGGGUCCCAAUUUUCCAGGAAUAUCUAAUCCCGCUGCAUGAGGCUGCUUAAGCAUAUCUGGAAACAAUGCUUUCUUCAGGAAAACAUUUAAAGCUGCUCUUGACCCUACGUUUCUGUGAAGGCCUCUUGAUUUUAUACACAUGUUUACAAUUCGACACAUGCUCAAACACUCUUCUCGUAGAAGUGGGACCCUCCUGUAGGCAGAUCCCAGUCCUUACACAAAUCCUCUUGAAAACAGGCUGUCCCCACAACGCAGCACUUGCGAGAGGGAGAGUCAGCCUAGACAAAGAGAAGGCACAGAUGCUCGUCUAACAAUUGGGUCUACUGCAUUGUGUCCCGGCAAGGCACAGAUGGCUGGAGUGAGUGUGGGAGAGACGAAACAAACAUGUCAGCAUGGCCACAGCUCUGGGAAUCACAGAAAGACAAUGAAAAGCAAACUGACUAUGAAAACAGUUUUCUGCUAAAAUGGGGGGAAACCAAUGGAUUAGCACCAUGAGCUCCAAGCGUGCUGGUGGUCAGUUUAAACUGUGUAGAGCAGAGAAGCAAGGCCAUGCCUAUUUUGAUGACUCCUGAUUAUUCAAAUUAUUUAGGCAAUGCUAAAUAUACUCAUGCUGGAGCCAGCAGGCAGAAGUUUUCUUUCUCAUGCCUCUGCAGACACGAUCUGGCCAAAAGUACUGCACAUUUACAGUGGUGUUUAGUCACAUCCAUAUAAUGAACAAGUUUAUGGUCUAAAGGUGCACUAAGGUUGAUAACCUGAGCACAGAAUAAUUGAGUGCUGGCUCAGGUUCAUAAUAACCUUUCAUAUGAAAAAAGGUAGACACAUGUGCAUAAGUUAGCUUGUGAUUAAACGACAUAACUUACCGCCUGCAAGCAGCAAAAGCUGAAAUGUCAUUUGAACAAAAACCGAAACAAGUGCAACAGUGCAAGUCUUGGGUCUGCUAAUGGCUGCCAAAGGGAGAAGGACAGAUCCUGACGGCAAACAGGCUGGAGCUGACACAGCUGCAGGAAGGGCAAUUCUGGCACUUGCCUCCAGGGAGAAAGUACAACAGGGCCAGAUUUAACAACCACGGGAAUCACCGGGAAUCCUUCCACCAACUUUCCUUUUGUGGGCUGAAAGACAGAAAAUGCACCUACCCACCUGCCAGUGAUGCCUCGAGACAGCCAUGGGCAGCGGGAAGUGCUGCCGCCAGAAGGAAACCAGAGACAAAGGGCUAAGUACUUGAAACACACAAAGGAGAAGGCCGAAAGGUCACUAGCUGUGUUCAACUAGGUAUUCAUGUCUGAAAUUAUUCCAUUCCAAGCUUACCUGUUGUCAUCGUCUGGUGUGUUUUAUAGACAGCUUCCCAUAUCUCAUCUUUUCCACAGAAAGGGAUAAAGUGCUUUUGCACAGGGACAGUCUCACAUGCUGAAAAAUGCAGCUGUGAGGCUGCAAAACAUCAUCUAGCAGAUAAACAUAAACCCAAACUUUUAGGAGGUGCACCAGUUAAUAAGAGGCCUAGAGCUGAGGAUGCCAUCUGUCUUCUGAGUCACUGCUUUUUCCCCAGUAAGCCAGGACAGAAUGCCUAUGAUCGAAAAGUGUUAAUGCCUGACUCUUCCAUAAUUAAAACCAAAAUAUACCUAUAACAGAUGUACACUGUCAGUAGGAGUAUUUAGUUUAGUGAGAACCACACAAUUUCCUGCCUGCUGAUCGAGGAGUUAGUACCAGGCUGCAUGUUCAGCAUACGCAGUGAAUCGAUGCGAAUGUUCAUCUGCCAGUCACAAUCAGAAAUGACGAUGGCCCCUGCUGCAGCACCAAAGCCAGUUGGUAUCUAGGAGCCUGUUGCUGAAAGCACCUUUUCUCAGCAAGCUCACAUCCAGCACAUGCUGAGGAGUAACUUUGGCAGGCUGCUCUGAUCUGGCCCCGUCUCCUUCUUUAUGCCCUAUUAUCCACAUUUAAAACGAUAAAGGACUAACAUUAAGGAGAGAAGGGGAACCUCACCUUAAAGGUGGUAUGUGGAGCUGAGCCACAUGACACCCUGAACAGCAAGCAGUGCAAACAGAUGUCCCAUGUCUGAUUCCACACAACUCCCCAGUAGGCUGUAGAUAUGGAGACAUCACUGUCGAGCUUUGAAGGCUACAUGGCAUGUUUAUCUUGAACAGGUCAUACCAAUUCAACAAAUCUACAUGCACUUUCCCAAAGGCUUCUGACAAGACAAUUCUCACACUGUAGUAAUAGCAGGUGACAGUAAUAGGCUGGGGAACUUCUCUAAAUAUUUAUCUUCAUGCUUCCCCCAUUUCCUCAACUUUUCUUUGUAACUUCUAUGUCCAACCCCACAUCUCCCUUCUUCCACCCCAGAUCUUAGCCACAGGACUCCUUCCUACAUCCCAGACUCUCCAUCUUCUCUGCUCCCCUAAAGGCACCUCCCUACUCCCUGCUCAGCACACACGGAGCAAACACUCAAGUUUGGGGCUGCCACCUCUAAUGGGUCCAGUUGCAGACCAAGUCCCCUUAGCAACUGCCUGAGCGCAGACCUUCCCACAGCACACAGGCAGGUUUGAUAACUCACCUUGCUCCACAAAACGGGCGAAAUGACCCCAAAGGCAGGCAGACACCUGAGUAAGUCCCUCCCACCCAGCAGCUCAUCACAGCGGGAUGCAGGGGCAGCUACUCAGUUGUGCAAGAGCCUGGUUCCGGCUACACCCUGCCCGUAACGCCCCAGCUCCAAGAGGUGAUCCUAUAAACAUGAGAGGUGAUCCUAUAAACCAGAGAGGUGAUCCUAUAAACCAGCCCGGUAUAUGACUCAGAUAACCAUCUUUUAUUUGGGUUUUUGUUUGUUUGUUUGUUUGUUUGCUUUUGUUUGUCUUUAAAAGUGGUAUGUUAACAUCAGGACUUUUUCUACAUUUUCAGAGCUCUGUACAGGUCUUAAAAGGAAAUAAGCAAUGCUUAAUGUACAAAGUAAAACCAGAAAACUAGAAAAAUCUGAAUAAAAUGGAGCAAGUCGCUGUCAGGGAUACAGUACAAAUUAGUAAUCAGAUGUCAUCUGAAGUGCAAUACCACUGCAGUAAGGAUGAGUUAAGGAAUGAAAUAAAAAUACUCUAUUUUAAACAAA